GGUUAGGACUUGCUGUCCGUCAUUCAUUUCCUCUCUAUUCUUUUCAGAUGCUGAGAGCCGCUUUCACUCUCCUCCGUCUCCGCCACUUUCGGACGCCAUGGCUUGGUGGCGUCCGUCUCUGCUACUCCGAAGGCGCGAGCCCCAAUCCCAUUCCAGAUGGCUAUAUCCAUUCUGAAACAGAAGCCAGAGAACUGUUUGAAAAAUGGUGCAAGAAGUAUGGCAAAACGUACACUUCGGAAGAGGAGAAGCUCUACAGGUUCAGCGUCUUCCAGGAAACUCUUGAAUGGUGCGCCCGCGAAAACCAGAAGAUCGAUAACCCAGAAUAUCGCUACUUCGGCACCUACGAUAAUGCUGAUCAAACCGAGAAGGAAUUUCUGAGACGCGGUGGUGGCUGGAGGCCCCAAUUCCCCUUUUUUACUGGAUGAAUCUGGAAAGUUUGUUAGUUGUCCUUAUUUUCAGCUAAGCUUGACUUUUAAUUUUCAAUUUCAAGUUAUUUCCCUUUCAAUUUUAAUGUUUCUUUAUAUGUGCUGAUUGUUAGAAUUUGUAUUGUGUUUACUGGCGGCUUAUGUACCUUUUAGUUUGUUAUUUAGUUAAAAUAAUGCCUGCGACUUUGGAAA